AUGUACAUAUUUUCAUCGGCAGUGCGGCUGCUGAGUUGCGGUCUUCCUCUUGCUCUUUGCUUGACAAUUUAUCUCUAUCUCUACCCCGUCUUCCACGGAUGUGUGUUUCCCCCUAAAGAUGCCUCCUACAUAACGGGCUGGUCCCAGGCCUUGGGCACCCAUUGGAAUCCUUCCUCGUCAUCCACUUCUGGAGACUCCGACCGUGUUCCCUUUCGACUGCUUGUCCUAGCAGACCCUCAGCUCGAAGGAGACAGCUCACUCCCACCCCCUGAGAAUGCCCUGCUCGCAAAGCUGACCCGACACUGGGUAUCCAUUACCCAAAAACAAGAUGAACCAUUGUACCCUUUGCUGGCAGACACAGCGCGUCAAAUCUGGCUCAAAGAUCUUCCUGAAGCAUUUCAAACACUGCGGAAACAGUUGGAUCUCUUUGGGAAUGAUUAUUACCUUGGCCACAUCUACCGCACCUUGCAUUGGUGGUCCAGGCCAACCCAUGUUACCGUUCUGGGCGACCUCAUUGGUAGCCAGUGGGUGACGGAUGAAGAGUUUGAAUGGAGAGGAUGGCGAUAUUGGAACCGCGUCUUCAGUAAUGGCCAUCGGGCAGAAGAUCAAAUUACCAUAUCGCACGAUCCCAAACAACAAACUACCGUGUCCAUGUCUGACCCUCGGUGGGCCACCAAAAUCAUCAACAUCGCAGGCAAUCACGACGUAGGAUAUGCCGGAGAUAUCUCGCACGCCCGUAUCAACCGGUUUGAAAAGAUGUUUGGCACAGCAAACUGGGAUGUUCGCUUAGAGUAUAAGCAAGACAACAUCUCUGAACCCUCAGCUGGUCCCCUUCCUUCUCUCCAUCUCAUUGUCUUGAACAGCCUUGUCCUAGAUGGCCCGGCCAUGGUCAAAGAUAUCCAGACGCAAACAUAUGAUUAUCUGAAUGGCCUGAUCUCCCACAGGCUGCGUCCAGUGGAAGAUCGGACUUCUUUUACCCUUUUAUUGACCCACCUACCUCUGCACAAACAAGCAGGAAUCUGUGUGGAUGCCCCCCAUUUCGAUUAUUGGGGCAACGACGAUGGAGGCGACAAUUAUGGCCCUCGAUCUCUCAAGGAGCAGAACCAUCUCAGCGAAUAUGCUAGUCGUCAAGGCACCCUAGAAGCUGUAUUCGGCAUGUCAGGCAAUUUGCAUGCUCCUUCACGUGGUACAGGUCGAAGGGGAGUUAUUCUGAAUGGCCAUGAUCAUGAAGGUUGCGACACCUGGCACUUUGUCCCCAAUGGUACUGUAUGGCCAGUACCUGACUCAGAUAAAGACAAGGGCGAUGAUGCUCAGAAAACGCAGUGGCAGGUCUCGCGUUGGCAUACAGCAAACUUGACUGAAGCUCAUACCGGUGUCCGGGAGAUCACGCUUCGCAGCAUGAUGGGCGAUUACGGUGGAAAUGCUGGCUUAUUUAGUGCCUGGUUCGAUUUCGAAAAAGGCGAAUGGGACUUUGACAUUUGUAUGUGUGGUUUAAAUGUCAAGAUCUGGUGGGCGGUUCAUGUUGUUGAUCUGGUUUGUUUGGUGCUCAUCAUCGGAACACUGAUAUCUUAUGCCAUCUCCACAAAACCCCAGGAGCAGAAGAAGAGUGAGAGACUUACUGUCGACAAGGUCUCUGUUGAAAAGGCAUCUCCUUCGCCAUCUUGAUGUUGUCGUUUUGGUUGCCAACCGGUCCAGUCCACGUCUGGUGUGCAGGGCCAAGCGAACACGAGCUCAAUCAUGGCUAUGAUCCGUCCUUAACCUCCUCCAGAUCACAUUGCCAUAUCUUUUCGGGGGAAAUUCUAUGGACAUUUCUGAGGUAGCAGACAGCGAUGAACCCAAGGAGGCUAGUCUAGCCUUAGUGGGUGCGUUUUUUCACGCUUCACGACCAGAUCUCAUAUCAAGGCGAAGACGCAUCUCUCGUCAAAUGAAGAAACAGUUACAUGAACACGGCACAUACCAUGACUCAGAUUCAGAUUCAGAUUCAGCGGUGCGAAUACAGUGACAGACCUAUUUAUGACUACUCUUGCCAUUCUCCAGUCACACUCUGCG